UUGUGUCAUUAAACAGCUUUUAAAUUACAACCUAAUUCCAAGAGGUUUUUUGCCUUUAAUGCGUGGGGUUAGAUGUGUCUGCAUUGCACGACCCCGCCGGUGGAGAAAAUGGUUCACUCUGGUCCGGAUUCUUUUUCCAGGCUCGCUAUUGUGCGCGCGUGAUUGACAAGACCACGAGGCUGAGCGCGCCCGGGAGAUUUUUCUAUAAAUGGCUUAAAACCCUAGUCUAGACUAUUUGCUCGGAUAUAAGGAAGACAAUCGCCUUCUGUUCUUGGCUGGUGAACCCUGGCUCUGAGGGCUAACCUGGAACUUAACCAGUCUGCCCUCAGCCAGCGGUGGAGGACAGAAACCGACGCGACCUCGGGCAGAGAAGAAAGGCAAGGGCCGCACUCCCAGGGCGCUGGGCUCUGGGCUGCUGCCUGGGUGUUUGAGCUCCUUUUCCUGUUUGCGUGGUACCAAAGCAGAGCGCACAGUGUAAUGGACUGCAAUAACGGAUGCUUGGCGGAAUGUACCGGAGAAGGAGGAUCCAAAGAGGUGGUGGAGACGUUUAAGGCUAAAGAUCUAAUCAUCACACAAGCUACUGUUUUGAAGGCCAAACCGGACCCAAGUAGUCUGGUAUUUGGAACUGUUUUCACGGACCACAUGUUGACAGUAGAGUGGUCCUCAGAAUUUGGAUGGGAGAAACCACACAUCAAGCCCCUUCAAAACCUGUCACUGCAUCCAGGCUCAUCAGCUUUCCACUACGCAGUGGAAUUAUUUGAAGGAUUGAAGGCAUUCCGAGGAGUAGAUAAUAAAAUUCGACUGUUUCGGCCACAGCUCAACAUGGAGAGAAUGUACCGAUCAGCUAAGAGAGCAACUUUGCCGGGAUUUGACAAGGAAGAGCUUUUAGAAUGUAUUCAGCAACUUGUGAAGCUGGAUCAAGAAUGGGUUCCAUAUUCAACAUCUGCUAGUCUAUAUAUCCGUCCUACAUUCAUUGGAACUGAGCCCUCUCUUGGAGUCAAGAAGCCUACCAAAGCCCUGCUUUUUGUCAUCUUGAGCCCCGUGGGACCUUAUUUUUCAAGUGGUACCUUUAAUCCGGUGUCCCUUUGGGCCAAUCCCAAGUACGUCCGAGCCUGGAAAGGUGGCACUGGGGACUGCAAGAUGGGAGGGAAUUAUGCCUCAUCUCUUUUUGCCCAAUGUGAAGCAAUGGAUAACGGGUGUCAGCAGGUACUGUGGCUCUAUGGAGAGGACAAUCAGAUAACGGAAGUUGGAACUAUGAAUCUUUUUCUUUACUGGAUAAAUGAAGAUGGAGAAGAAGAACUGGCAACCCCUCCGCUAGAUGGCAUCAUUCUUCCAGGAGUGACAAGGCAGAGCAUUCUGGACCUGGCACACAAGUGGGGUGAAUUUAAGGUGUCGGAGAGGUACCUCACCAUGGAUGAGCUGACUGCAGCCCUGGAGGGCAGCAGAGUGAGGGAGAUGUUUGGCUCUGGUACUGCCUGCGUGGUUUGCCCAGUGUCGGAGAUACUGCACAAGGGUGAGACUCUGCAUAUUCCAACUAUGGAGCAUGGGCCUAAGCUGGCUAGCAGGCUCUUGGAGAAACUGACUGAUAUUCAGUACGGAAGAGAAGAAAGUGACUGGACAAUCACAGUGUCCUGACUGGAAAAUGCAGGAUCCAUCUGCGUGCUAUUUGGACGGACUGUUGCAUUUGAAUGAAGAUGGAUUUCUUUGGCUACAUGUUUGUAGAUAUACUUAGUGUAGUUUGUAUUAUCAGUGUGUUACCAGGGUGAGGACUUCCUCGUGCCAGAGAAAAUUGCAAUCAUCAAAUGGUGUUUUGUUAACUUGGUAGUAGAAGCUUACUUUACCUUCUCUUAGAAAGAUGAUAAUGUAAGCCACACAUAGAAUCUUCCUCAAUAAUCUAGUGCCUCCCUCCAUACUUCACGCAGAUGCAUAAAUGUUUGUUUAUUCUUUAGGGUAAGUUAUAUUCUGCUCCUAAACCAAAUGAGUUUUUCUGUGUUUGAAAACCGAUCAUGGUAAAUUUCACAGGCUUCUUCCUUGGAAAGCAUUUUGCUCUUUUUAAAUCAAGAUUUUGAAAGACUGGAUCCCUCCCAUCAUACUUACUUACAGUUGCCCCAGGUCUGCUUUACAGUAAGCCUCUCCCUUCUUCCUGGUGUCACCAUCUGCGAUCAUCUUUGUGACAAGACACACACACAUCAAAGCUACUGCCCUUUCCACGCUGUGUGUCAUCUGCGAUCUGUCAGGUUCCACGAGACCGAGGGGCCCUGUUCCCUAAAGAUCUUUGUUUACCCAAUGCCUGGCAUAUAAGAGCAUUCCAAUGAAUGCUCAUUCAGUGAAUGAGUGAGGUCUCAGCUUCUAGACAAGUGUACCUUCUGUUUCUAUAUUAUGAAACCUCUUUAUUUGAAUUUGUGACAUGGUGUAUAUUUCCUGUAUAUGGCCCUUAUUUUCCAUGGAUGGCUAAGCCAUUAGGGAUAUGCAAAGGCACCGUUUGUUGGGGAAAUUAUGUCACAUUGAAGCGUGUCUUAGAAUGGAAGCUAUAGCUCUAGAAUGAAGUCAUGGUGUCAGACCCACCAAAUGGAACAGCAAGCAGUGAGUUUUAAAUACAAAAUAUAUCACCUUGUUUAGUUCUUUGGUAGAAAGCAAAGAAGGUAGGAUGCCCUGGUUUUUGUACUCUGGUUUUGGAGGUGCUCUUUCCUAAAGAACGGGGAUUGGAUGAACAAGGGUACGGGGGAGCUAUUAAUUAUAGAUGCUGUUUUCCUUGUCUAGAAACUGUGAGUCAAAAUUGGGUCCUGUUUUAUCCAGAGGAAAUUCAAAUCUUGACAGAAAAUGUUUGCCUUCAGAAGGUCAAUUCUCAGACAUUAUAUUUUGGUUUCGCUCAGUCCUACAGACUUUCAUCUUGCUGAUCAUAUUUCAUUCUCUUCUCAGAGCAAGGGGAAAAUAUUCAAAAAGUUUGUUGCAUUGGGAAAAAAAUCCUUAAGGCAUUUAGCAGCAUAUAACAAAUUGGCUUUGAUUCUUUUCCAAGACUUUUGGCCACAGGGUCUUUUUAGACAGGAAUGGUGAAAUGAAAAUUAGGGAAGUAAAAGAUGAAAAGAAAUGGUAAAAAUAUCUUUUAGAGGACUUUUAACUGGUGAUUUGAAGUCUUGGGAGAGUCUGUUCAUUCCUGACCUUAGGUACUUUGUCUUCUACACAUGUUCAACCAAGCACUAUUCGAAGGAGAAGCUUUUGCUGUGCCUAAAUCUUGUGACCUCAUUUUUAACAUAGUCUAGAGAAGAAUUCCAGGUAAUUUUAGCCUGUCAAGUAGCAUAUAAUAACUAGAUUCACAUUCCUAUGAGAAAUGGAAGCCAUUUGUUUGCCAUAAAUACAUUUUAUACUCUACAUCUCUAAAUUUAGUAUGGCAAGAUGUGUUCAUUGUAAAAGUUAGAGAACAAUAUGUCUAGACAUUGUCUUUGUAUGAUUUCUUUCCUAAAACCCUUAAGGGCAUUUUAAUCUCCUUCUCCUGGACUUAGUGAAGACUAAGGAUACACUUUAAAAAAACCGGAGGUCUCCUAGUGCCGAGAACACAAUCUGUCAUUCUUAUUUAAGUAAUAAAACAGGAAAUUGACCUUGACACUAACUUAUUAAAUAGAUUUAAAAGGAACAUCUGCACAUCUUUUUUCCUUGUGCACUAUUUGUUUAAUUGCAGUGGAUUAAUACAGUGAGUAGCACAUUAUAACUAGGCAAUUAUCCAUUCUUCAAGACUUAGUUAUCGUAACACUAAUUGAUCAUUUAAGGCGUAAGAUAGUCUAGCAUUAGGAACAUGUGAGGCUAAUCUGCUCAAAAAGAUCAACAAAUUAAUAUUGUUGCUGAUAUUUGCAUAAUUGGCUGCAAUUAUUUAAUGUUUAAUUGGGUUGAUCAAAUGAGAUUCAGCAAUUCACAUGUGCAUGAAUAUAAACAGAACUGGUGGCACUUAAAAUGAUAAUGAUUAACUUAUUUUGCAUGUUCUCUUCCUACUACUUUUUUUUCAGUUUUUACAUCUCAGAUCAAGUUUGUCAGCUAUUACCAAAAGAUAUCAGUGGAUUUUGAAAUGAUGUGUGCAGACAUAGGAAAACCUGUCCAUUUCCUAAAGAUACCACCUAAAGAUAUUUGCUUUUAAAAUUUUGUUCUUGUUACAGUCAUUUAUUAGUGAUUCUACUCAUGACAUGCCAGAAGAAGAGUGACUUCAGGGAUGUGUCCCAAGGUCUCUCACAGAACACAGCUGGCAGCAAUGAAUAAAUGGAUCAUUCCUGCUUUAGCCCUUGCUUUCAAAAGUACAAAGGCAAAGUUAAAAGGGAAAGAAAAAUAAAUGACUGAGAAUUUUUUUCACAGAGAAUCAUGUUUUUUCUAAUCUAGUAAACACCCUCUAUUCUUUUUGUACUUAAAAGAAUGCUAAAAGAGCAAAAUAAAAUCAGAGGUAGCAGCAAGAAAGCAGAGUAUAACAUCGAUAUAACCUGGAUGUUAGGGCUCUGCACCACUGGGGAAGCCUACUGUAUACACGCUGGGGUAAAGCUGCAUCUUACCACUUUCAUUGCUUGAUAUAUUUGUACCUACAAACUGUCCUGCUUCCCUCAAAUCAGAGCACAGUUGGGCACUUGAGAGCAAUUAAUGGAUAUAUCUAGUCAACAAAAUUGUAGUGUGAAAUUGGUCUGAAAUCAGCUGCUAAAAUAAGCCUAUUUAUUUUCCUCAUUCCAUUCACAAAAAAAAAAAAACUUUUAAAAACACAAAAGCAGAAGGGAGUGACUGAUUUUUCAUCUUUAAUCGCUGUAUUCUUUUUCCUUUUAAAGUUUCCUUUUAAAAUCAUAUGUUCAGCUUACUAAUGUACUUAAGAAAAACUGCAUCUUAUGCAGAAAAACAAUAUUCAUUCACUUUCAAUGAAUAAUAGUUUUUAACAUUUCUAGAGCAAAAAAUAUUCCUCAGGUGCACUAAAGCAAGGAGCUUAGAUGAGUUAGAGAAAUCAUAAGGGCCUGUUAUUUCUUGCCCUGCUUUUAAGCAUGAUGAAAGAAUUCUUCCUUACAAGGUCAAUUUGUUAUGUGGAUAAGUGAAAGCUUAAGUUAUAAAUAGUAAUGGUGCCAGGUAAUUUUAGUGAACACUUUAUAACACCUGUCACUUUGUCUUGUCAAAACUAGAAUUUGUUCAGCUGUUUUCCAAAUACUUGCCUCCAAAAGUGAGGCACCUAUUCAUUGAUAAAGAUCAUAGAGAUUAUAGUUAAUCUGACCAGUUAAUUUGAUAAAUGUUGAUUGAAUACCCACAAAUGUGCAUCUAACAAAAGCAGCAAUAGCGAUUAGGAAAUUAGUUUUAGAGCAUAUAUAUUUAUUGGUAUUACCCUCAUAGAAUUUUUACUACUUGAAUGAAUCUUUAUGUAUAAAAGCAUUAUUUAAUACAAUUAGAUAAUUAGGAGACAAAGGCCAGAGCUCAUCCCUUAUCAAAAAAAAAUCAUGAUGAACAUUUUCAUUUCAUUUUUUAAGGAAAUGUGUCCUUUUUCCAUAACAUCCUUUCCAUAAUAAGAAGCUGCUUGGUGAGACUGUAAUUUAAGGGUUACUCAGCCACUGCCUACAUGGUUUAUUUCUCAGCUACCAACCUAGUAUAUUUGUUAGUUUCAUCUUUUGGAGCAAUAUUGAACGAUCAUAGUCCAACUAACAAAAGAACACCUCAAUGACAGCAUCUUCUCUGACCUCCAAGUCAAAUAACAUUGAAAUAGAAAAGUGUUUCUUAAGAUUUUUUUGAAAGUGUCUAUUAUAAAUCAAACUAUUCAGAGUGUUAGCUUAAAGAUGAAACAGUCACUCAAAAAAAUAACAGGUGCAAGAAUAACUUUAACCUAACAGUAAUUUUUCACAGUUUGAGGGUAUAAAAAAGAAAGAGCAGGGGCCUCCCUGGUGGCACGGGGGGUGUUGAGCACCGUGCUAUGAGGCAAUCUGCAGCCUCUGCAGCACGAGUUUGAUCCCUGACCAGCCAGGGAGCAACCCACAUGAUGCAGCAGACCUCUCUUACUCGCCCGCUGCUCCCCUCAGUGGUGUGCUUUGGUCAGUCUGCCUGUUCUGUUCCCUGCUCUGUCUCUGGUGAAUCCUCUCACCCCCUGCACCUCUUGCCUGUACCCCAGCUAUUGUAUGCAUAAAUAAAUCUUUUAAAAAAAGAAAGACCAUUAAAAUAUUGCAAAAAGAUUCAAUUUCACCAUUUGCCAAAAGGCCCUUUUAAAAAUACGAAGGUAGAUGGAAAUGACUUAUUUUUCAUCUUCAGCACCUAUACCAUCAUUAAAGAGUUAUCAGUAUUAAUUUGGGAAGUUUAUAGUGAAACAGCAACAGAAAAUUAUCAUUUUAGGGGUAAAUCCUUCCCCAAGAAUAGAUACAUGUAAGCAUAUUUGCUUUAAUGAAUGACAGAGGCAUGAAAUUCAAUUUUAGAAAAUGAAGUGGUCUUUAAGAUCUGCUGGAUAAAAACAGAAGAUUAAAAUAACCUUAUUGUCUGAAAUAUGUAUUUUUCACACUAUGUAGACCCCAUUAAUAAGGCCUAAAAUUUAAUUUGCAUAAUGUUCAGCUUAUGGAAUUGGCUGUUGUGAUGCUAAUAAUGGACCAUGAGCUGUGGUAGGAAAUUAAGUAAAAAAAAAAUGUAGUUUCACUGACAGAUUUCUCUGCAUAUUCCUUUCACAAGGGCUGGGUCUCCUAUGAUCACUAUUGAAUUAAGGAGAAAAAUUCAAGAACAACUGGAAAGUAGAGAAAGCAAGGCAUGAAAGAGUGAGGAAAAAUCAGACUUGCUUCUAUAUAUUGUGUGAGGAACUGCUUCCUGUUGUGCCAGCCAUAAAGAGUUUCACCUUUCAAAAUGAUGUCAGAGUGCCAAUCAGGAAAUGAAUAAGUAUAGCAGCCAGUUUAUCAAAUAUUAGAAUUAGGCUAUUAUCUUGAAGUAAUGAUGGUCAGAUUAGAUUGUAACUGCUUUAAAUUACUACCAUUUGGAAUGAGAGUUUAUUUCAUAAUUGCCUAGUGGGUAAGAUCUGUUGUAUCAUUUUUUUCAACCCCUUUAUCCAAAGAUUUGUGAAACUUCUGGAGACUGAACAAAAGAGUGACAAUAAAUAGACUGUGAUUAGUCUUCUGUUAGAAAUAUGAUUUGCCACCAUAUCACUUGAUGAAGGUGAACUAAUCUGGGAAUGAGUUGAAUAUUAUAGUUAGUUUUUAAACUAAAGUGUGCAACAACAUACUGCAAUUUUCUCCAGCUAAUUUCACAACAGUCUUUAAAGACAUUCUCUGGGUUAAGAAAGGAAUACAAAUUCUGACUCAGUUCCAACUUCAUUGAUAAGUUCAUGAAGAAUACAGGCAUUCUCUUAAGAAUCUGGCUAUGAGAAGAUGUUGGAUCAAGUCUUAAGCUUCACCUAUCUGGUGUACCUAAGUUUCACUUGUUUGGUGUACCUAAGAAUUCUGCGAAUGUCUCCUGGUGACUUAGGAAAAUGAACCCACCAUGCUCCCAAUUAGCUAACACAAGGAGCCUAACCCACUGUUCUGAAGAAUUUAUGCUUACAAAAUAUGAUGACUGAGAGAAGAUAAGAAUCUGUGUAACUCUUGGGUGUUUAGAUUGUAUUGUCUUGCAUCUAAGUUUAAUACUUAUUGAUGCCAAUCUCACAUGUCUGUAGUUGUAUAAGAAAAAUGAAGUUGAAAGAGAUUUUGUAAAUAGGGCUUGACUUUCAUGAAAAAGUGUUCAUGUUAUGUUAAAGGAUUUAAGCUCACUGAACGUGUAAUGGUGGAAAAUAUAGAGGGCAAAGGAAACUACCUCAUUUUGGGAAGGUUUUGUGGAAGCACAAUUAAACAUUCUAAAAGUCUUUGUCAUAGAUGAAACAUCUAGUGUGCAAGAACUCUGUAUAAGUCUGAAGGACCUGAAUAACUGUAUUUUGCUCACAUACUGUAUUGUUUACAGGUUCCUCGUCAAAUCUUUAUGCUCUGUUCCUGUCAUCAAUAAAACAACUUA